AUGCCAAUGAACAAAUCCACUACCACACCCACGCCCGAGGCCGACCCCGAGGCCCUAGAAGUCGGCACCCCAGCGUGGCGGGCCGCCAAGCUCGCCGACGCAGCCUCGGAGAGGGACAGGCAGAGGAACUGGUUCGCGCCGGUGCGAGCCAUCCGGCACGCCGAAGACAGGGCCUACACGCGGCACCUAUUCCACCGCUCGCCGUUUCGCCCCGCGGUCGAUAUCCGCGCCGGCCUCACCAAGACCACCGAGCUCCUCGCCGGCGCCGUCACCCCCGAUAACGCGGCCGCGGCUUCUGCCCUGGCCGCCUACUCGUCUUCUUCCUCGUCGGCUUGGUCGUCGUCGUCAUCCUCUUCUUCUUCUUCGUCGUCGUCCUCGUCGUCUUUAUUCCUAGACGCCGAGCCAUCGCCAUCUCGACCUCCCGCGCCCCCCUCCGUCGCAACCAUAACAGGCAUCCCCCUGGCAGCCCACGACUACGCCGCCCCGCCGCCGCCGCCGCGCGGGAUAGCCGACGACGACGUCCCAAGCUCGCCCACCGACGAAGGAGACCACACCCGCCUCGCCAACUUCUUCUUCUGCAGGCGCAACAGGCGCGAGAGGGUCACGGCGGGCAGCGGUGGCCGGUCCUGCCUGCGCUGCACCACGGCCGGAAUGCCCUGCUCGCUCGACCGUCCCGGCGAGGAUGCCGCCGCCGCCGCCGCCGCGGUGCGGUGCGCGCGGUGCGAGAGGAACGGGUGCGCUUACUGCGUGCGGGUGCUCGGUGAUGGGGAGGGGGAGGGAGAGGCGGGGAUGCCGCCGCUGGCGGACGAUUCAAGGUACGUGGCUGUCCCCGGGAUGGGGGUGCGCGGCCGGGAUCUCGUCGUGUAUGUCUGCGACGAGGAGGCGCCGGAUCCGGAGGCGCUGCGGGACGUUGCGGAGGAGCUGCUGCUGCGGGGGGAGAAGAGUGGGGCGGUGGGCGCGGGUUGGGGUGGUGUCUUGCUGAAAGGCGGCGAGCGCAGGGGUUUGGUCCUGCCGGGUUGGAAGGACCAGGUGGUUGAGUGGCGCGAGGCUGAGAAGGCGCGGGGGGCGGCGUGGGCGAGGGAGUGCGAGGAGAGUGGGUUGGGGCAUCUCCUCCCCGAGCCGAAAGGGGACGAUGAGUCGGCAUUUGAGGAGCCGACGUGGAGGGAAUACUUUGAGCGGAAGCGGGAGGAGUUGAGGCUCCUUAUGCCCGAGAGGGACCGGAAGCUGGCUCUGUGGGAGACGUGGGGCAUUCUCUAA